GAGCAGCCAUUGAGCUCUUAAGGCUCGUACACAGGCCUGGAAAAUCAGAUCCUCAAAUUUCGUGUUAAACUGUUUUAAUCCGAGAGGGUGGUGACACCCAAGCAUCAUAAAUAUAGUUUAGAACAGCAAAAUAAACGCUACUGUCGAGGACGUAAAGAAAAACGACAUUUAUUUACGGAAGGCACACGACGACUGUAUUUUCCACCUGGGACCUUAAUCUUGGCGGAGGGAUUCAACCGACAUUAGUCUGUGCCCUUAUUUAGAUGGCAAGCUUCCCAGACUCUGUAAACGAAAAUGAUAUAGGUAAGGCUAAGUUCAUUGGUGAGCUCCUGGUGCCUGUUGCUCCCUUUGACCAGAAGUCUGGGCGCGAGGCUUGGACAGUAGCCUUUGCACCCAAUGGUUCCUACUUUGCUUGGUCUCAGGGGCAUCGAAUUGUUAGGCUCAUUCCCUGGACGAAAUGCCUGAAGAACUUUUUAGUCGGCCAUGGUGGAGAGGACACCAAUGCCUCAAGCCCCCGGCAAGUAAUACCAGGCCAAAUAAUCCCAGCAGCUGGUGAGCCCCGCGAACACACCAUUGACUGUGGUGACAUCGUUUGGGGCUUAGCCUUCGGCUCCUCAGUGCCAGAGAAGGAGAGUCGCUGUGUUAAUAUUGAGUGGCACCGCUUCAAGUUUGGCCAGGACCAACUGCUACUGGCAACAGGCCUCAACAAUGGUCGCAUCAAGAUCUGGGAUGUUUACACUGGAAAACUGUUAUUAAAUCUGAUGGACCAUACUGAUGUCGUGCGAGACUUGACCUUUGCUCCUGAUGGCAGCCUCGUGUUGGUCUCUUCAUCCAGAGAUAAAACCCUCCGUGUAUGGGACCUCAAAGAUGAUGGUAAUAUGAUGAAGGUUUUGCGGGGGCAUCAGAACUGGGUGUACUGCAGCGCCUUCUCCCCUAACUCCUCCAUCCUGUGCUCUGUCGGUGCCAGCAAAGCAGUGUUCCUAUGGAACAUGGAUAAGUACACAUUGAUCCGGAAGCUGGAAGGGCACCACAAUGAUGUGGUGUCUUGUGAGUUCUCACCAGAUGGGGCGUUAUUGGCCACUGCCUCAUAUGACACCCGGGUCAUUGUGUGGGACCACCACAAGGCCACCAUCUUGCUGGAACUGGGCCAUCUUUUUCCUCCUCCUUCACCUAUUUUUGCUGGAGGGGCAAAUGACCGCUGGGUUCGCUGUCUGAGCUUCUGCCCUGACGGCCGCCACAUUGCCAGCAUUACUGAUGACAGGCUGGUUCGUUUCUGGAGCAUAGAGGAAAGGGCUCCUCAGGCCAUCGCCUCUCUCUCUAAUGGCCUCUGCUGUGCCUUCUCUGCUGAAGGAAGUGUCCUUGCUGCUGGGACUUGUGAUGGUAGUGUGCACUUCUGGGAGUGUCCUCGUAGCAUUGCCAGUCUGCAGCACAUGUGCAGGAUGGCCCUUCGCCGGGUGAUGACCACUCAGCAGGUGGAGGCCCUGGCCAUUCCCACGCCGCUUCGUGACUACCUGACCUACAAAAUCAUCUAAUUGCCCCCAAUCACCAGCCCAGCACCAUCGAAUGCAACUGCAUCUGCCGCAGCAGCAUGCUGGAGAACCAAUUAAUCUGAAAAAGGAACAGUUUUUCAUAGAACUCAUCAGGAAAGGAAGAAAAGAGUUAAGUUUUGCUGAAACGCCAGAGCCAUGUCCUCCUCUCAAACCCCCAGGACGGCCACUAUCAGCAGGAUAUUGUGUUAUCUUGUACAUACUUGGUUUUGUAAGUGCUUUAGUAAAUUACUGUACUGGAGCCAGUGCAUCAUCUAUACCAGAUCAAGUUUUUCUGGGGCCUGCCAUCCCCUCUGUCAUAUCAAUGUGGUACCUGUAAGUGUUCCUCUUCCAGCUGGCUUCUCUUUACCACAUUCUUUUCUUCUGACUUGAAAUGGCUCUUGCACUUAAUGUGAGAAGCUAUGCAGUGGUGCUAGCCAUAUUCCUGCUGCCUGCUACGGCUCAGCUCAGCAUGACUCAACUUGAUACCUGGUACCUGGGUUUAAUUUUUCAUUGCAGAUACCAUCACCUCAACAUAAGUGGCAUUGUUAGCCGAUCGUUAUAGCAAGCCCAUGUGAAAUUACUGUGAUAUUAUCUUCAAUGUGACACAAACACAGGAACUAUGUAGGCUAUCAGAGGGAUGACCGUUUGUCACAGCUAGGAGUCAAACUUUGUUUCAGAAAAGGCUAAUUACAGCAAGACAAAAGACCACUGAAAAGUGGUGAGUUUGGGGAAUGCAACAUCAGAGCUCAGUCACACAACUGUGGUUGCUCACAAGUGACGAUUGGUCAGUGUUUUCACUCCACCAUUUAGUAUUGGUUCAGCUCACUUGCCCUGGACAGAGGUUAUAUGAAAAACAAUACCAGGUAGUAACUACAAAACUAUUAUUUGACAAUAGAACACCAAAAAAGAGCAAGUUGGUAGAGCUGUACCAUGCAGUUGAACAAUGGCAUAAGUGUUCAGUUCCUCUUCCAGCUGCGCCAUCUCUCCACCAGGUUCAGUAAACCCUUCAUCUUUUCCUCUGACUUGAAAUGGCUGUUGCACUUAAUGUGAGAAGCUUUGCAGUGGUAUUUGCUCUAAAUGUCAGGUUUUCUGUUUGCAAGUGGGUGAGCUAAAGGAAAGAGACACAUGGGAGGUUUAAAGGAUGCAUGUUUUUGAAGGCCAAUAUGCAGAUCUAUGAAACUGAUGCUGUGGAAAUACAGUAUCUUUACAUUGCAUUAUUUUCAUGGCUCAGAAGAAAAACAAAAUUUUGCAGUUGUAUUUCUCUGAAACAGUAUUUACACCACCAUGGCACAGUCACCCACUUACACCUACCUGAAAUGGGCAGAUUGCGAAUUUUUCACGUUGUUUAAAUUAUAGGCAACAGCAGAUGCUAGAUGCUUCACUAGCCAGUGAGCUAGCACAUGCUACCUGCUCUGCAACAAAACAAAUAAAUGACGCCAAUAAAUACAAAAUUGAUGCACAGAAAUGCCAAAGAUAUUUUUUGAAAUGGUGUCACGAUUCUAUAGUUUGUCCACCAGAAAGUAGUGAUAUAGAUUUUUUUUCAACUGCAAAUUAUCCUGCCCAGUACAUUUCUCAUUAGGAAAAUACAUUUUAGGGAACCUUAUCAAGUCAUAACAAAACAUGCAAAGUAAACUAAUAUCAGCCGAUAUUUGAUUAUCAGAUUUUUAAACUGUCAAAUAUCAACAACACGUCCUGAAAGAUCCGGUAUUGGUUGUGGUAUGUCACAGUGUCUAUUUAGUUAGUUCAUCAGAGGUGCAGAGAAGUCUGUCUGUGUCUGUAUGCGUCUGUGCCCUGCCCUGCAGGGAAGUAUAAAGACAUGAGACAAAUGUUUGAUGAUUUCACACAAUACCAAGGCACAUCUGCCGCUUAACUGCUAUCUAGAUUGCUAUCUAUAUUUGAACUUGUACAGAAACCUGUAUACAGAUUUCCAUGUGAUAUGUAUGUAUGUACAAAAUUGUAUAAUGCCUAUAAACAUAUCAAAGUUUUAACCUUUUUUUUUUAUCCGUCAUUAAUAUUAGUCUUGUUUUUAUUUUGUUUGUUUUGUUCUCCUUUACAAAUGUGAAAAACUCUACAAAUAACUACAUGUCUUAUUGCUAAAACCUACAAUGAUAGGCGUAUUACAUUUCUUUACUGGUCAGAUUUAGCCUGGCAGUGGUGGUUCAAUUUGUGCCCUGUCACAUUUUUGCUGUAAAUAGAAAUUACAAUAAGCAAUUCCAGCAACCUUGAAAGCAAUCCAAAGCAACAAACCAAUCACUUGCCAGCCUUGGUUGUGUGGUAUUUUAUAACUUUCAUGCUCUCUGAACUAUAUGCACAUGAUAAUCCAAAAUGACUCUUUAAGGUGCAGCAUUUUCAGAAUCUUCUAUUUCUUGAUUGUCAUUUUCAGUUGUUACGUCAGUGAGAAGAGAUGUGAAGAAGGGAAAGUGAGCUUUUACUGUUUGUCUUGCUUGUGUUUCAGUAGGAAGGUGGGUGCAGAGCAGCUGUCAGUCAUUCAUGGCAAUGUCUGACAGUGUCGGUGCCAAAGUUUUUCAAAGGUUCAGAUAGUUUAUUCAAAUGGUUGGGUUGUUUUAAUAAUUUUCUGCUGAAAGCUUGUCUCAUGAAUGGAUGGCAGUCCUUUUGUCCAUACACAACCUUAACAGUGAUUUUCGUUACAUGAUGUUUCUAUACCUGUAACCAUUGUGAUUGGAAAAACACAGUCCUGCCUCAGUGAGAUGCAGUAUAAAGCAGUAAAUAUAUCAAAUAUAUAUGAAUGUAUAAAAUUCCUGCAAAUGUCUUGUAAUUGUGCUUGUGUAGUUUCAAUAAAGGCUUUUUGACAAAAUAAUGGUGACUAUUAAUAUAAAAGCUGGCAAUGAGCCUUCAGAAUUGAUGUAAAGUUUUGCUG